AUGCGCAAUUCUGACUACUGCAAUUCGUCCAAGCUUGCUCAGAUAACUAAAGACUUUAGGCAGAGAUACUUUAGGACGGCUGAACCUGUAUCCUCUGCUCGGUUUUUGAGGCACUGCGCUGACUACAUCGGGGCAGUCUGUACCGAAGCGGAGCUUCGUGAACGUGGUGAAGUUCUUGACGUUGACGCCUUUAUUCGACUCUGUCGCAACAACAGUGCAGUCGUCCUCUGCUUCGAUAUUGUGGAAUAUGCACUCGGUACCAGUCUUCCGGAGGAAGUGGUUGAGCAUCCAAUCUUCCGUGAAAUGUACUGGGCUGCCACUGACAUGGUGUGUUGGGCCAAUGACGUUUACUCUUGGAGCAUGGAGCAGGCCAAGGACAUCGGCGGCAACAACAUCGUCACGUUCCUCAUGAAACACAGAAACAUGAGUCUACAAUCCGCCUGCGAUUACGUAGGGUUAUACUGCGAGGCCCUCGUGAAACGCUACCUCUCUGCUAAGGAUAGGUUACCUUCUUGGGGAUCGUCGAGGCUGGAUAUGGAUGUGGCUCGCUAUGCGGAAGCCUGUGGUCAUUGGAUGAAGGGAAAUUUGGAUUGGAGUUUCGAGACGCCACGGUACUUCGGACCUACUCGCUCCGAAGUCAAAAGAACUCGAUUAGCUACCCUCCGUCGGAGUCCUAGUCACCCAAAUGAUUUCGAUCCCGAGACUAGUUGCGACAGUGAUUGA